AUACUGGUUCAUCCUUGAUUUGUUUACUUCUCUGGACAGACGAAACAGAAUUCAGAAAUUUUAUUGUCUGGCUCGAAGACCAGAAAAUCAGACAUUACAAGAUUGAAGACCGAGGGAAUUUAAGAAACAUACACAGCGAUGACUGGCCCAAAUCGUUUGAAAAGUAUAUGAAAGACGUAAACUGUCCUUUCAAGAUACAAGAGCGACAAGAAACAGUGGACUGGCUUCUCGGCUUAGCAGUUAGGCUCGAGUAUGGAGAUAAUGCUGAUAAGUACAAGGAUUCUACCCCUGAUGGUGCUAAAAAUACUGACAACACAGCCAAAAAUGCAGAACCACUGAUUAACUUGGACGUGAAUAACCCCGAUUUCAAGGCUGGAGUGAUGGCUUUAGCUAACCUGCUUCAGAUUCAGCGACAUGAUGAUUACUUGGUAAUGCUGAAGGCAAUCCGCAUUUUGGUUCAAGAGCGCUUGACGCAGGAUGCCAUAGCGAAGGCCAGCCAGUCCAAGGAGGGUUUGCCUGUUGCUUUAGAAAAGCACAUUCUUGGUUUUGACACAGGAGAUGCUGUGCUCAACGAAGCUGCCCAGAUUCUCCGACUGCUGCACAUAGAGGAGCUCCGGGAGCUGCAAACGAAAAUUAACGAAGCGAUUGUAGCGGUGCAGGCGAUCAUUGCUGACCCCAAGACGGACCACAGACUGGGGAAGGUCGGGAGAUGAGCAGAUAAAAAGCUUUUAGUCCCUUGUGUACUUAGUACGAUUAGAGCUAUGUACAACUCCGGCAUGCAGUUUGAAAUGGUAUUAUUUUACUGUUUUUUGCAAGAAAACAGGAAAUUGGAUUCUGACUUCUAAUGAAUUAUCAUUUUUCUUUAAAUAAAUGCAGUUGGGGAAAAUACACAAA